AUGCUGCAGCAGAUCCUGCACGACAUGUACAUAGACCCUGAGCUCCUUGCUGAGCUCAGCGAUGUGCAGAAGCACAUCCUCUUCUACAAGAUGAGAGAGGAGCAGCUGAGGCGCUGGAGGGAGCGGGAGGCCUGGGAGGCCCUAUCCCAGGGGGACGGCCUCCGGCCCCCGAAGGUCAAGCGAGCAGCAAGUGACAAACACAUCCAGUGGCUCUUGGGAGAAGAUGGCGAGGUCUGGGUCUGGGUCAUGGGCGAAGGCCCUGGUGACAAGCCUUAUGAAGAGAUCUCCGAGGAGCUGAUUGCAGAGAGAGCGCGGCUGCAAGCACAGAGGGAAGCCGAGGAGCUCUGGAAACAGAAGGAGGCAGAGAUCACCAAGAAGUUCCGGGAUGCUCUAGCCAAUGAGAAGGCCCGGAUCCUGGCGGAGAAGUGGAAAGUGGAGAUGGAGGACCGCAAGGCUGCCAAAGUCCUGGAGGAACGCAUCCACAAAGAAUUCAAGAGGAAAGAGGAAGAAGAGAGGAAGCGAGGAGAAGAGCAGAUUCGCCUUCAGGAGGAACAGAGGGCGAAGGAGCUUUACUGGUCGCUGAAGCAAGCCCAGCUUCGUUGCCAAGCCAGCGAGAAAGAGGAGCAAGAGUGGGAAGAACAAUUGCGCAGGUCCAAGGCAGCUGAUGAGGAGAGGAGCCGUGGGGCCCAGCAUGCCAGAGAUGAGUACCGGCGCCACUCACUCCGUGCCAUCCAGAAGGGUACAGUUGCUGGCCUUAGCUCCAUGUUCCAGGAGCUCGGCCAGAACCAUGAGCAGGAAUCUAGACUCUACCACCAUCUUCCUGGUCCUGGUCCACCACCACCCCUCGCUGUGCCUGUGAGGACUUGGGAGCGCCCACUGCGUCCACUCUCCAGAGAAGUCAUUGUCCGCUGGUUUAAGGAGGAGCAGCUGCCUCGCCGAGCUGGCUUCGAGAGGAACACCAAGUCGAUCGCUCCCUGGUUCCAUGGAGGAGAUUAUCACUGUUUCAGGGGGAGAAUUGCUACAGGAACCCUGUGGACAGAGGGACAGCCCACCAGACUACCACCUAUUAUUUGA